CCUUCACUUAUUUUCUAUCCUUACCUCCUUCUUUGUCCCACAGUUUAGUUCAAUAAGUUUUAAAUGCCUACAAUCAUUCUUGGUGAAUAACGCUGGACCACUCUGAGAAUUUGUGGCUGAGAGCUGGACCCUCGUCAUCAGCACGCACUUUGUCACUGAGACAGGGUAACCCAUGGUUACUGAGCUCAGAUCAGUUAAGGGGCAGAGAGCCUCCCCUCCUCACUGCUCUAUAAAAGAGACCCAGCAAAGGGACCCUACCAGCUUCUAGCUCUCAGCCUGGGCGUAGUUUUGGGAAGCAAAGCCUGAGACCUCCAGAGCCCAGCCGACCAGCUGCAGAGGCAAGACCAGCAUGUCGCCUUCCUUCAAACUUCAGUGUCACUUCAUUCUCAUCUUCUUGAUGGCUCUAAGAGGGGAGAGCCGGUACCUAGAGCUGCGGGAAGCUGAGGACCACGACCCUCUCCGGUUCCUGGGCGCCAACCUGAAGCGGGAGCUGGCGGGGGAGCCGCUGUACCGCCGCGCGCUGCGGUGCCUGGACAUGCUGAGCCUCCCGGGCCAGUUCACCUUCACCGCCGACCGGCCGCAGCUGCACUGCGCCGCCUUCCUCAUCGGCGAGCCCGAAGAGUUCGUCACCAUCCACUACGAUCUGGUCUCCAUCGACUGCCAGGGCGGCGACUUCCUGAAGGUAUUUGAUGGUUGGAUUCUCAAGGGGGAGAAGUUCCCCAGUUCCCAGGAUCAUCCUCUCCCCACAACUGAGCGGUACAUAGAUUUCUGUGACAGUGGUCUUAGCCGAAGGAGCAUCAGAUCCUCCCAGAAUGUGGCCAUGAUCUUCUUCCGGGUUCGUCAACCAGGAAACGGAUUUACAGUAACCAUAAAGACAGAUCCCAACCUCUUUCCCUGCAAUGUCAUUUCCCAGACCCCAAAUGGAAGGUUUACCCUGGUAGUCCCGCACCUGCAUCGAAACUGCAGCUUCUCCAUAAUUUAUCCUGUGGUGAUCAAAAUAUCUGAUCUCACCCUGGGACACUUACAUGGUUUGCAGUCAAAGAACCCCUCAGCAGGUUGUGGGGGAAUAGGAGACUUUGUGGAGCUGUUGGGAGGAACUGGACUGGACCCUUCCAAGAUGAUGCCUUUGGCUGACCUCUGCUAUUCCUUUCACGGCCCUGCCCAGAUGAAAAUUGGCUGUGACAACACGGUGGUGCGCAUGGUCUCCAGCGGAAAGCAUGUAAAUCGUGUGACUUUUGAGUACCGCCAGCUGGAACCAUACGAACUGGAAAACCCAAAUGGAAACAGUAUCCAAGAAAUCUGUUUGUCUACUCUUUGAAUAACCAACCCCAUGAUUUACAUGCUGCUAGCUAAGUGAGUUUUUCAUGGCUGUUAUAUAUGAUUUUGAUGACCAGCAAGGUAAGAGCCUUUCGAAUCAGUCAGUAUUCCCAGGCUUGGACACACAUUACACAUACACACACACAUAUGUAGACACACAUGGGCGUGCAAGCGUGCAUUUAUUUUUGUACCUUGCUUCUUUUUCAUUUGUAAUGUAUAGAUGACCACAUGGCAGCAGAUAAACUCUCCUUUGCCUUUGGUAGGAAAACAGUUUUCUAUAAUUCUUUGGUAUGCUACAAACCUGCCCCGAUAAGACAAGUGCAGAGCAAUGGGCACUAAAAAAUUGUAUCUCAAGGGAAAAUACGACAAAGAAAUUAAAAUGGCGGUGUUUAGAUUUGUCUUAAAACAGAAAACAAUUAAAUGUCUGUAUACCAAAGUAGUUGUAUCUGUGUAUUUUCUGUAUAUUAUUCUGUUUACAGUAGAUAGUAGUCGUAGCUGUUGUUUAUUGAUUUGUAAUGUCUUGUUGCUAACAAAACUCUGGAGCAUGGAAAAAAAUUUUCCAUCCACAAAUACAAACAUGAAUAAAUACAUCAGAAUGUUGGCGCCUUGA